AUGUUGGAAACGAAAAUGCCGCAUCUUCUGGGUCCGAGAAGGCAAGGCCUGAGAAGAGCCACUGACCAGUCGCUGACACCCAAUGGCCGGUGUCAUUUGAGCAUUGUUGCUGCUGCCGACAAACGACGUGAUCUCCUUGAGAAUGCGUCGUGCUUAUACAUAAUCGAAUGCAGACCCUUGUCUCUACGUGCCUAUGCUAAGGCAAGAGAGCUUUAG